UUAAUAUUCAUAAAAUCAUAGCCAUUGAUAACACUAUAACAGACAAUAGGCAUCAUAUUAUAUUAUUUUUUAUUCAAUUAAAUGUGACUAUUGUUUACAAACCAAUCUUCACUUAUUGCUUUAACUAUUUUUGUAAAAAUGGUAAGUGUUGCGAACUCCAAUGUGAUUCAGGCCGAAGGAUGAAAUUAGAAUAAUUUCAACACAGUCCUGUUCGAUAAGAUCAGAUACCUCGGGGUGAUCCUGGACAAGAGGCUCACCUUUGCGACUCACGUGGACGUCGUGGCUAAAAAAGCUGCGCGCACGGCGGCUGCAUUGGUCAAGCUCAUGCUCAACAUAGGUGGCCCCUGCGAGUGGAAGAGAAAGCUGCUCAGCUCCAUGGUUGACAGUCAAUUGCUGUACGCCGCUCCUGCUUGGAACAGCAGGGUACCCGCGGUAGCUAGGACCAAAGCGAACCUGAUUCGUCCACAGAGAUCGACGGCGCUGAGAACCAUCCGCGCAUACCGCACCGUUUCCGACGAGGCCUCCAUGGUUCCCGCCGACUUACUCGGCUUGGAACGGGCCAGGAUCCGGUCUCGACUCCUCGCUGACAUCACGCCUGGCGAAACGCAGCCGUCCAAGCAGACCGUGAAAAGCGAAGAGAGAUCCCGCACCUUUGAGGAGUGGGAACAGGGAUGGGAAGCAACCAGGAAAGCAUCCUGGACCCGAUCCUGCAUCCCAUCCAUCGGACGAUGGUUGGGGAGAACGAUCCCAUUAGUGCCCCUGACGUUCCACAUGUCACAAGCGCUAACGGGACACGGCUGUUUCCAGUCGUAUCUCUACAGGUGAGCCAGGGUUGCCAGUCCGAUGUGUCUGCAGUGCAGAGGCGGCAAGGACACAGUGGAGCAUACCCUGUUUAAGUGCCACUACUGGAACGCCCUCCGUGACCCUCUGUCCACCCAGCUGGGGCGCAGACCGUGUACAGCCGACAUCCAGGACAUAAUUUGCGGGUCGCCAUUUGACCAGCUUCCAGCAGACCCGGAUGAAAAGUCAACUAAACUAAGGAACGCGGAGGAGUAAUUUCGGCUGUUCUACGUUCGAACGCAUUUUCUCACUCAAGGAAGAUGAGCAGCGAGUCUGUAAGGCCGCGGAGGUGCGGUGGUGAGACCCUAACGCAGUAUCUGGAGAUCAAAUUAUUUAAGCAAUUCACUGUACCCACUACUAGUAAAAUUUUGUUGUAAUAUCAGCGGAUUGGGGACUGCCCCACCGCUAAUAAUUGUCGAUGUAAUUGUGUAACCAAUAAACGAUGGGAGGAGAAGUAAAGCUAAUGCGAUUCCUUCUCUGGCUCUCGAUACCAUAAAAAAAAAAAGUUUCUUCUUGCCAUUACUUCUGGUUAUUUAACAGCUAUCUUAACCAUUCGCCCUUGUCCCUGCAAAUUUCGAUUGUGGUCAUCAUUAUUUGUUGAACAAUUUCAUUAAUUAAUUGGAAUUUUAAAAUAUAAAAAUGACUACUAGCUGUGACAAAAACUGUUAUCUUUCCAAAUUCAAAUGGCUGCAAAAGUUUGGACCAUCAUACUCAGUUAAAGCAGAAAACAUCACAGCGUUGAAGAGUCCCUCGGAGUUUUAUCGCACACUUUUAGACCGAUGUCGUACAGCAAAACAUCGCAUUGUAAUAGCUUCUUUGUACCUGGGCAUUGGGAAUCUAGAGCAAGAUCUUGUAAACACCUUAAAAGAUGCUAUGGAAAACAGGCGAGAAUUGAGCGUGAGGGUUUUGUUGGACGCUAAUCGUGGGUCUAGAGGUAAAGUAAGUUCACGUACCAUGUUGAUGCCCAUACUGAAUCCAUCAUUUGAUUGUCGUGUAUUUUUGUAUCAUACUCCGAAAUUGAGAGGUCUUCUACGGUUGCUGUUACCUGACAGAUAUAAUGAAUUAAUAGGAAUACAGCAUAUGAAACUAUAUAUGUUUGAUGACUCUAUAAUUAUCAGCGGUGCAAAUUUAAGUCAAGAUUAUUUUACUAAUCGACAAGACAGAUACAUCAUCAUUGAAGACUGCAAGUCAUUAGUAGAUUUUUAUAUAGGAUUAGUUGAAUUACUAGGCCGUAUGUCGUUUCAACUGACAAAUAAAAACACUUUAACAUUGGAUCCUACCUGGGAACAUCAUCCUUAUAAGAGUCCUUAUAAAACUUAUGCUUCAGAGGCUAGAAAACAGUUAAUGCAAUAUUAUAAUACACACAUUCUAAAACAAUCAACUUCUGAAAAAGUUACAGACACGGUAGUUUAUCCUUUAAUUGAAUUCCCUCCAUUUAAUAUACAUCAUGAUAGUCAAACAACUGAUCUUCUUAUGUGUAAUGCUGAACCUGGAUCUACAAUGCAUAUGGCCACUGGAUACUUUAACAUACCAGAUAUUUACAUUAAUACUAUGUUCCAAAAAUCAUUGGCUAACUUCAAAAUAUUAUUUUCUCAUCCAAUGGCUAAUUCAUUUCAACAAGCUAAAGGACCUGCUGGAUUUAUACCUACUGCAUACAGUUAUCUCACAAAUAGUUUUUAUAGUAAAAUUGAAAAACUCAAACUUCAUGAACGGAUCACAUGUUUUGAAUACCAAAGAACUGGAUGGACAUUUCAUUCCAAGGGUUUGUGGUACACUCCAAACAAGUCUGAAUUGCCUGUACUAACAGCUGUUGGCUCUUCAAAUUAUGGAGCCAGAUCAUUAAAUUGUGAUUUAGAAUCACAAUUGAUAAUUGUAACAAAUAACCAAAAAUUGCAACAAAACUUUCAUACAGAGAAAUGUGAUAUUUUUAAAUCAACAUCAUUAUAUAUACCAGACAGUGACUUUAAAGCACCACUCUGGGUACGAUUUGUUUUAAGAAUGUUUAGAAAUUAUUUUUAAAUAUUUUGAGUAACCAUUUUUUUAAAAUAAAAUUCAUAUCAAUAAAUAUAUUAUAUUCUAAAGUAUAAAACUGUAUAUUCUUUAUAUACUAGCUGAAAUAAUCCAAAAUACUUAUGUUAUUAUUGCCUUAGACUUAUAUACUUCAAAUGCCUUUCAAUAGUUAAUUAAUUGUUAAUUAAAAUUUAAGUUUAAUCAAUACUUUAACGUUAAAUAAAAAUAAUUUUUAUUUGAAAUAAUACUCAAGUU